GUCCUUUGUCAAACCUUUAAGUGAUAGAGUCUACAUACUUCAAUUCAAAUACCACAUUUAUUUAGCAGUAGCAGGAGGUACCAGUACAUAUUAUCUACUUAACAAUCAACCACUCAAGACUCAGAUUGAAGACCUCGGUCGGUCUACCCGCUGCCAUCCAAAUUCCAAUUGCCUGAAGCCGGCUUGGGGAGUUUGUUUUUUUCUAUGCAAAUGACAUCUUUGAUGUUCAGUAACAGUUGUUUAUAAUAAAUCCAGAUUGGCUCACCUCUAUAUACUCAAGUGGGUGGCUGAUCUGAUCUGCAUCACCCGCUUUUACUUAACCUAUUUCGCGCCCCGUCGGGAUUGGUCCACAUAGAUCUACUUUCCAUCGACAUCAUUCAUCCGAGGUCAGACUCCAUUAGACUCUAUCCUGUCCUCUUGAAUCCUCCAUCAUCUACAGUAGAGCUUCAAGUACCCCACCCAGCCUUCUCGAAGAUAUCCAAGAGAGCCCCUCUACUCGAUUUCCUCCGAGCAUAAACUGUCUCUGAACCUCCACUUAAUCAGCAGUACAGUCAUUCAUGAUGCUCUCUUCCGGCCCGAGUUUGGAAUUGAUGACCGCCAAGUUCGGCUCCCCAGUAUCUCAGCCAUCGCCCACAAAUACUUGCUCGUCUACGGUAAAUGACGGCCUGAAUUCCGGGCAUGCAGCAGCCAUUCAUGACAAGCCUCUACUAAAUUUUAACCGCCGAGCACUCUACCCGAUGUCUUAUGAAGAGGCGGCGACCAAUCUUCACCAGGUUCAAUGUACGGCUCUUUCCCUAGGGCGACCGACGGUAGUCCUCCCCGGGCCAGAAGAAAUGCUCAAUGGAGCUCCAGCUUAUCAGGCUGAGCCUCUCAUAUCUCUGUCAAGAUCAAGUCUAUCGCCAGCCGAACAAGCGCACUGCCCAUUGCCUCCUCGUCGGCGCGGGCGCCGCCAUCUAACCAGCGAAUCACGCACGGGUAGCGCGACCGUCCCUCACUCCAAUCUACAAUCACCUCGCCAGCGUGUCAGCAUUGCGUGCACAUUUUGUCGGGCUCGAAAACUACGGUGUACACCUGGGCCGCCUCCGUGUGAACAUUGCAAGAGAAGAAGCCACCCUUGUAAAUUCGAUUAUCAACCUCAACACCGUGAUCAGCUGCCAUCUGCCGGAUGUUCCUCCUCCACUUCCAGGGAUCUGGCUGGUCAUCAAUGAAGAACCCCAACAGAUAAAUGUACUUGAAUUUUCCCCAAUCCCCUCGCUUGUAUGAAUUUUCUGAAGCCAUGAAAAUCUCGUACCGUUCAUAUUUCUCAAAUCUCCAAUAAAAACUUGUUUUUUCUCCUUGAGUUACUUCUCAUUAUCUUCAUUAUUUUUGAUUUUUUGCUUGGAGAUUUCAGAAGCAUAAGGGAAGCUGUGCAAUAUGUAAUAAUGGCUGGGAUAAUCUUUUAUGUAAAGCUCUUUUUACGUGUUUCCUUUCUUUUUUCCCUUUGCCAUUUCAAGAAAAAUAUUCAGUUAGGACAUAUACCUUGUAUUAUUCCUUGAGUUUUACUAUUCUAUUCUUGAUCAUUAUUACGUCCCUUUUCCUACAUGUACGUCAAAGAGAUAUGCCCAUCACUUGCAUCAUCAGCUUUGUCAUUUAUUUCAAAACCAGUUCGUUGUAGAUGAUGUAUACUAUUGAACGCCCAAAUCGACCUUCGGGCGUGGUGGUGUAGCGUUGAGCAAACAAUAGUGAACAUUA